AGUAUGAUGAAAAUGGGAUGAAAUGGCUAGAGUUUUAAGAAUAUUUCAAGGAGUAAGAUUGUUUUUCUAGUAUUUUUUUUAAAUUAGUACAAAUUUAUUAUGCAAAGGGAAAUAUCUCAAUAAUACGAAAAUAGGAAGAUGGAAAAAUUAUUGUUAUGGAGCAGCAAUAAUUAAAAAUAUGUAUAAUGUCAAAUUAUUUAAAGGGGUGGCGAAUAUGAUGAAAAUGAAUUAAAAAUGGACGUUGGAGAGCCAAGCGUUGAUUAUUGGGUGUAAUUAUUUAUAUUUGAAUACCAAAGGUUACAUAAGAUAAUUCUUGCUGGAACUUAUAAAAAUGGAAUAAAAGUGGGCACUUGGGAAAUUAAAAAAAAUAAUCAUAAAGUGUAUAAUAAUUAAAUUAAAAUAUAAAGAGGGGGAGGAGAUUACGACGAUUAGGGAAGAAAAAAUGGAUAAUGGAUUGAUAUUUAAUCAAAUUUUGAUUUGUACUAUUUAAAAUUAAUAUUUAGGUCAAAAAUUAAGUUUAUUCAAGGAGAAUAUAUAAAUGGGAAGAAAAAUGGAGAAUUCAAAGUAAGAAGUUGA